CUCAGAUGUAUGUCUCAUUAAACAAAGAUUUAGGGCAAAUUGAAAGAAAGAAACGGAAAAGAGAAAGAAACGGAAGCCCUAGCCUCCAUUUCUUUCUCUCCACUUGCAGCCACCACCCCUCUCUAUGUUCAGCCUUUCUCUCCGGUGACACUCCAGCGCCCAUAGGUCUAAGGCGGCGAAGACUGAACCAGAUUUGUAGUCAACCAUUACUCGCGAAUCUGGCUUGCAUUUGUGAGCACGACUCCGGGCUUUCGAAGCAUUGUUUCUCCCUUUGAGACUCCAACGUGAACAAGUUGUGCAUUACGUUUUCGACGACUGGGUGUCUUGCAGCAGGUUUUUUGAUUUGGGAGUAAGCUUUCAACUGCUAUCCUCACUUCGCUUGGCUUCAAAUCAGUUUACCAUAUCAUUUACGGCCCAUUUUUGCAAGUUCGGACGUUUUCAGACACCAAUCGGCAAGGAUUGGAGCGUUUUUUAUAACAUUCGGCACAAAUUACAGAAAGUGUUUCAAGGUUGUGUGCACUUGCAAAAAGUAAAACCGAAAGAGACAGGAAAUAGAUUAGAAAGUGAAGUUCGUUGUUCGAGCUUCCUUUUGCCCAAACCAUAAUGGCAAAGCGCGAGAUUUCCAGUACAUUAAGAAACUUGAAGUUCAUGCAAAGGGCGACUCAGAGAGAGGAGCAACCUAAGAAAGAGGAAGAAGUAAAAAAACCUGAUGAGAAUUUCUUUCCCUCGGGUACUAAAAUCAGAAAGUGUGUGGUUUUAGUUGAAGGAGAUCCUCAUCCAGGGGCUCUUAAAGGUCGAAUGUCAUUCCAGAGCUUUAAUCCUUCAAUUGAUAAACUCAAUGAAGAAGCAGCUAGGUUAGGGCAGCAUGAAAUUCCAGGCACUUCCUCAGGGAAUCAUAGUGGAAACCUUUCAUCAAGAGAUGAUGGAUCUUCAAGUAAUGAAGCAGUGUGCUCAAACAUUGAUGAAAAUAAUUGUGAGGCUACCGAGGACCUUAAAAGGAAACAAUCUGAAGUAGUUCAUGAAGGACAACAUCCAACUAAGUUUUCUAGAAGUGGUAAUGGUAAAGGAUCCUUCAAGAAACCAAAGGGUGGAAAGCUGGACUGGAAUGUUCUUAGGCCCUCUAAGGCUCCCAAUAAAAGUGGGUAAUCUUGUGUAGGAAAGUCAUUAGAUGGGUGAAUCCAGUUUCUAUGCUCUUAGGAGAUUGUAUUGAUUUCUUGCCAGUGUUUGUAGCUAUAUGGGACCCUUUAGAGUUCCAUGAUCAAUUAAUGGGAAGUGUCAUGUCAUUUAACGUCUCUUACCACCUCAUUCGAGAUUCUUAAUUCAUACAUACCUGUACUCUGAUCAAGAAUGAAUCUCAAUACAUGGAAUAUUGUCUGAUUUUGUAAGAAACUAGAUUUCUUAUCCUGUUUUGCAAAUGGAAAAUGGAUCCUAAAAGUUUACAGAUUU